AGGGCCUCACCACCUGUAAAGGAUUUCUUCCUAACCUCUAACCUAAUCCUCUCUCAUUUUAGUUUAAAGCCAUUCUCCCUCUUUCUGCCACUAUCUGCCCCUGUAAAAAGUCAGUCCCCGUGCUGCUUAUAAAAUCCCUUCCGGAGCUGCACUGAGCUCUCCCUGCAGCCCUCUUUUCCCCACGCUGAGCUGCCCCAUCUCACAGCCCGGCUUCAAAGCAGAGGUGGUUCUCCAGCAACAUUGCUUUGUAUAAUUAUACCUCGACUUCUUGCUGUAAGGUGGGAAACAGAUCUCUGCUAGGCUGUCCUGCCAAAAGGAAAUCGACCACAAAUCAAAGGAGGGGAGAGAGAGAAUGACUUCACAUCAAAAAAAAAAUCCAAAAGCAAAUCAACACGGGAUCAGGAAACGGUUGCUGUGGAGCGCUACACACACGGGGAGGAGCUGGCAGCGGGGUUGCUCCGUCCUUAUAGGGACGCGGGGCUCCGGGAGCGGCAGCCCGUGCCCGGAGUUGCGGGGUGUUGCGGGGCGGGCGUUAGGACCCGGCGGCCGCGGGGCGGAGAGGCCGCAUCCCUGCCGCUGCCUCUGCAGCGUUAUUCCUCGGUUCCCUCCAUGGUGACCGCAGCCCGGAGGCCGCGUUAGGACCGCAUCCCGGCGGCUCGAUGGCAUCCCCCAGGACCAUCACCAUCGUCGCCCUUUCGGUGGCCCUGGGGCUCUUUUUUGUCUUCAUGGGGACCAUCAAGCUGACCCCGCGGCUCAGCAGGGAUGCCUACAACGAGAUGAAGCGAGCCUACAAAAGCUACGUGAGAGCCCUCCCCAUGCUGAAGAAGAUGGGAGUCAGCUCCAUCCUUCUCCGCAAGAGCAUCGGAGCCCUAGAAGUGGCAUGUGGCAUUGUCAUGACACUGGUUCCCGGCCGCCCCAAAGACGUGGCCAACUUUCUGCUCCUCCUGCUCGUGCUGGCUGUGCUCUUCUUCCACCAGCUGGUGGGGGACCCGCUCAAGCGUUACGCCCAUGCUCUGGUCUUUGGGAUCCUGCUCACCUGCCGCCUGCUGAUUGCCCGCCAGCCCGAGGAGCAGCCACCAGAAAAGAGGAUGCUGUCGGUGAAUGGGGAUGAGCAGCCGCUCCUCCACGAGGCAGCUCCUGAGAAAGGCAAAGUGAAGGUAUCUUAGUGGAGUGAGUCUGAGGAGUACGGACCCUCGAGGCAGCUCUCUCCAAAAGCACCCAGAAAAAAUCCUUUUUUUUUUUUUUUUUUUAAUUUACCUAUUUAUAUUUUUCAGCUGUCUAAAUAAAGUUUCACUUGGGGUCUGAGAGAUAUAUGGUAUGUCUACACCGUAGUCUUGCUUUUGCUGCUGGCCUGUAAUGCAGGAAGAUACAAGCUAGCUUUGAGCAGGAUGGUUUGGAGGCAGUUAGCACCUGGCUGGAGGAACAUUGGCCUCAGCAGGAGCUGCAAAACCAGAGUGGGGGCAGCUCAUCAUGCUACAUUGGCACUCCUGAGGUGGGGGUUUGUCCCUGAGCAUAAGACCUGAGAUCCUCAGCAGUGUAAAGUUGGCCUGGAUGCACUUCUGCUAUGUUACAGCCUCAGCAAUCAACUGCUGGGUAGAACAUUACCACUGCCCUGCACUGGCUUGUGCAGCCCAGCCCAUAGAGUCACCCCAGGCACAAAUGUACAUUUUCUUUUAUGUUGUCAGGCAGGGAAUGGACCCUACUCAGCAUUGUUGUGUUUGAGGGAGGUGUCCCAUAGCCUUUGCUGCCUGUGACCAGUCCGUUGUGUGGUCCAGUGAUGCAGGGAAAACGUGAUGCACUACUUACAUCUUGGAUUUCCAUGCUUUGCAGAGGCUUUAGAACAGGGCAGUGGCCUCUUAACAGUAACUUUUUCCCUAUUUAACAUGAAGCAAUGGUAUCUGUUUACCUCCCAACUGAGAAUAAGGCUCCCCGCUGAGGGGAUGGGAAGCAGUACUGCCUAAAGAAUUGCUUUUAUCCAUUACCAUAUUCCCAAAUAGUUUGCUGCUGGCAAAGAGCGUCAAACUCUCCCUUUCAAGAAGAAAAUAAAAAGAAAAAUAAAUCCCUUUUUCCAAAACUGCUGCAAUUUCUUGGAAUCCAUGGUUACUGCUAACAGAUGAGGGUCUGAGCAUGUCUGGGUGUCACACUGUGCAUCCCAUACUUCAGUGGGAACGUCCCACUGGGGGAGGUCCUCUCACAAGACCCCAAAUCCCUGUGUGUCAAAGCUGAAAUCUUAUGGAGUGUCACAAGAAGUGUGUUUUACCUCUGAGUUCUGUUUGCUUCUGUCGAUGUUUGUCUGGGUUUUUCCUUAUUCGUUAUUGAUGAAAAUAAACUUCUUUUUUUUUUGAAA